AUGUUGGGCGUGAUCAUGAUUGCUCGGUUGCAUGCCAUGUAUCAGGGAUCUAGAACGAUUCUUAUGUUCCUUGUUAUUAUCUUCCUGGCUGUAAACAUCGCCUGCGGAGUGAUCACAGUAAUAGCACUCAACGAUAUUGUACUGGAGGAGUUCAUACUUUCUGGCACAUAUGUGUGCGGUUAUGCACCAGGAUAUGAUGGGGACGAGCGACUUCUGUUUUCAAUGGUUUCUAUUCUCAACACUGUUUGGGAAGUCCUCGUGCUGUGUCUUUCAGUCUGGGUUGCUGUAAAACACUUCCGUGAGCUGCGACGACUCGGCCCAUCAACAGGAUCGACCAUUGGGGACUGUUUCAGAGUGCUAAUACAAUCUCACGUUCUUUAUUUUGCAAGCUUUGUCGGCGUCUCUUGCCUCCAGCUUGCUGUUCUCUCUCCAGAAAUUUGGAGUUCAAAUUCUAUUGUAACUCUGAUACUCGGAGGUGCUCUUCAAAUUUUAUCGGUCGUGCAGAUGUUUGUGCUAGGACCACGCCUCAUCUUGGGCGUUCGAGAAUACCACGCCAAACUCGUGGCAUACUCCGACGCAGAAACUAGCAUGAAUUCGAUCGUUUUCCAGGAGCAUGUACAUGUAUCAACUAGCAGUACUGUGUAG